AUGAAGCGCAGUGAUAUCCUGAAGAUCGAAUACUUUCGUGACCAGUUUCGCGCCUGGCGACUAAGUGGCUCUUUUGAACUGAGCAAGGGAAAGUACUGGAGCUGGACUAUGUUUAAGUGCAUACUUGUAUAUUUGCUGACGCCUAUGAUAUUAGGGGCUAUGUUUCGAUCCGACAAACCCUUGGAGAAUAACUACAACUUUAUCGUGUCACUCACUUUGCUGUCAAAUCUACUGAAGUUCCCGAUAUACGUCACCCAACUACCAAAACUGGUCGAGAUUCAGAAGCUAAUUAGCCAACUAGACGCCCGGGUUUCCGGGAAGGAUCAGGAACUCCGGCACGGAAAAAUCUCCAAGCACAUGCAAAGGAUGUCCAAGCUGUUUCUGAUCAUAUACGUUAUUAUUUUUAUCAACGCGGCGGUUCCUUUUGUGUUUGAAAAAGAGCGCAACCUGCCUGUGCCUAUGUGGUUUCCCUUAGACUGGAAAAAUUCAUCGCUAGCCUAUAUGGGAGCUUUACAUUUUCAGGAGAUCAGCAUGUUUUUUCAAAUCCUACAUACUUAUGCAGCGGACUCCUUUUCUCCCUUGGCCUUGAUCCUGGUUUCCGAACAAUGUCAGUUGCUUAUCCUAAGGAUCUCUCAAAUAGGAUAUGGUUCUAGGACUCUGAAAGAAAAUGAACAGGACCUUGUCGAAUGCAUCAGGGAUCAAAAUACGCUCUACAGGUUACUUGAAUUGAUAGGAACCAUGAUUUCUUAUCCCUUGAUGGUGCAGUUCUCAACUGUUGGCGUUAGUAUCGCAGCCAACUUGUUUGGCUUGAUAUACUAUGUGGAGACCACUUCGAAUCGGGUGUACUACUUCUGUUAUCUGUUGGGUCUUACUAUGCAGAUAUAUCCUAGCUGUUAUUACGGAAGCACAUUGGAGAACAGCUUUGCAGAGCUGCAUUACGCAGUCUUUUGCAGCAACUGGGUGGGUCAAAGCGCUACCUACCGGGGGCACAUGCUAAUCAUGGAGGAACGGACCAAACGACAGCAGCGCCUUCUCGCCGGCAAACUGGUGCCAAUUCACUUAAGAACUUUUGUGGCUUGUUUGCAGGGAGCAUUCUCAUUUUUUACUCUGAUGGUCAACAGAAGUGAUCCUAACCGGGAGCAUUUAAAGCUUCGACAACUCAAAUAG